UUGGUUAAAGAAAAAGAGGAAAGACUGAAAAAAUAUUUUAAUGCGUGUUAUUUUCUACAAAAUUCAAUAAAAAUCAAAUAAAUUGAAAUCGAAAACCACAAAUUUCCAGAAAAUAAAAUGGUCAAUACAGUUUUAAAUAAAUUUUUGCUACUUGCCGGCUUUGCCAGUUUAGCUCAUGCUGCUUAUUCAGCGGCUCAUUAUCGCACCUAUUUACGUUUAACCGAACAAGAAUUCACUAAACUACCCCUGGAUGUCGUUGUCCAAAUUGUGGUCAGUUUGAUUGUUGUCAUUUACAAUGUUAUACAAAUUGUGGGUAAUUUUAAGGAAAUUCGUGCUACCGUAGAUAUGCAAGCCAAGUCCUGGGAUACUUUGGGCAAUUUUCCCUCAUUUUAUUCAUUUAAUCACCGUGGUAAAGCCCUAUCGAACAUUUAUAUACCCGAAGAGGAGGCUGAAGAUGAUUCUUAACUUAAUGUGUAUUUAUCAUAAAUUAUUAUAAAGUCUUAAAUUGAAAAGUAACAAAAUUUGAAUCUUUAAAUGUGAUAAAACACAAUAGAGCGAUGGUGCGGAGCUAAAUGGUAAAGCUAUAUAUUUUUCUAAAUAAAAAGUAUUGGAGAACAACAUUGGAAUUUGAACUAAAA